AUUAUUAUCAAAUUGUAUCAUGGUAUCGGAGCUUAGGUUUAAACCCUAGCCCUUUUUUCGAGACUGUGCCUUCACCGCCGGUCUCCUUCCUCUCGCCGGUCGACCAUAAACGGCAACCAUGGCUCAAUCUUCAGAUCCGCUUGCUUCGCUUCCUUCUGGCGUCAAGCUUCUUCUCCGCAAUCUCCAUAAUCUUAUCCCAGAGAAACUCACUGAUUCAAAUUAUCCUGCAUGGUCUCUCAAUGUCAAAACUGCUCUCGCGGCCAACCUUCUUCUUGGUUGGAUCGAUGGUCAUGAAGCUGCGCCUCCAAAAAUCCUAUCCAAGGAUGGCAAGGAAAACCCUAACCCAGAAUUCCAAACAUGGAUUGUGAUUGAUACUCAGAUCCGUGCAUGCCUUCUUGUCGUCAUCAGUCCGUCUGUUCACAAGCAUGUCCGCAACUUCACCACAUCUGUCGAUCUAUGGAACGCUCUCGCUGCCCGGUAUAAUUCUGUUUCUACCGCUCACAUCUAUCAACUACGGGACAAACUUCACACACUCCGAAAAGGUACAAAAACUAUCACCCAGUACCUUGAUGAAGUUGCCACUAUCCUCACCAAUUUGGAUGCUCUCAACGAGGUUAUUCCUGAGAGAGAUGUGAUUCCGCCUCCAGAGUUUCUCACUCUGCACUGUAUACAAACAGCGGUCGAGGCCGCGGUCGAGGAGGAUCAAACGGUCGACCGUUUUCUGGGCGAGGAUCUGGAUCCGGUCGCAGCGGUCGAAGCUACGGAAGGGGGGGAGGCCGCGGACCUUCACGCGAUCUUCCAGUUCAGGCUCAAUUCACACCCCGAAUGGUAAAUUUCACCUCCACUCCCUUAAUCAUGUUCCCUCCCUUACUUCAAACUUACUGUCCGUUCACCGCUUUACCAAAGAUAAUAAUUGCACUCUUGUUUU